GACUGACUAGUUGCGUCACUCGUCUAGAGAACGUUGAUCCUUGUGCGUGGCGGUGGAAGUGUAAUGUCAGUUUUCGUCGGCUUGUCAAAUAUUGAAGGGAGGGUGUGUUCGCCAUUUACCUGGACUAACAUUAUUGCUUCUUGAAACUACUUUACUAAAGAAGAGGACAGAUACAGCUGUAAAUUAUUAUUUAUUGUGUUAACGCUGGCUACUAUUCUGGAGAAAGCAGAGUCCGGAUUAAAGGAUGCUAAGAAGGCUCUGAGUCGGGGCUCCAAGAUGAGUGUGACGUCAUGGUUCCUGGUCAGCAGCUCAGGCACAAGACACCGGUUGCCACCGGAGAUGAUCUUUGUGGGCCGGGAGGAGUGCGAGCUCAUGCUGCAGUCACGCAGUGUGGACAAGCAGCACGCUGUCGUCAACUACGACCCAGCCACAGACGAGCACAUGGUGAAGGACCUGGGCAGCCUGAAUGGGACUUUUGUGAAUGAUCUGAGAAUCCCAGACCAGACUUACAUCACCCUGAAGCUCUCUGAUGUCAUCCGCUUUGGAUAUGAUUCUCAUGUGUACAUCCUGGAGAGGAGUCAACACAAGGUGCCAGAGGAGGCUCUCAAACAUGAGAAGUACACCAGCCAGCUGCAGAUGAGUAUGAAGGCCCUGGAGGCCAGGAAGAGGGAGAAGGAGAGGCAGCAUGCUGAGGAGAGAACCAGAGACUCAUUCCGCUCCAAACAGGAGAAAGCUGAGGGUAAAGCUGCCCUCGCAGCAGUGGUCAGCGAGGCUCCAGUGUCCAGACCUACUCCUCUGUAUGGGCAGCCGUCGUGGUGGGGGGAGGAUGAUGCUGAACACGGUGAAGGACAGCGGCCAGACGAGGACCCGGCAGAGAAUACUAAAGAGAGCUACAAACAGGAGGCCAACGGCUCCCUGUCAGACAGCCAGGCCAGGUCCAUCUACUCGCACCACAGGGAGCCCAGCUACUUUGAGAUCCCCACCAAGGAGUUCCAGCAGCGGGAGCUCCAGGAGGUUCCCACUAAGGACACUGACCCCCCUGCUGUCCCUGUUCUCCCCCCAGCCCCCACACCCCCUGUUGUGCAGAGCCACGCCUCCUUCACCAUCGAGUUUGAUGAAUGCAUGCCGGGCAAAAUCAAGAUCAAAGACCAUGUGACUAAGUUCUCCUUCCGCCAGCAACGCAAGCUCCUGAAUAAGGAGGCGGUCACCGCACCCACUGAGGUGAUGUCAGCAGAGAGCAAGGUGGCUGAUUGGCUGGACCAAAGCGACGUGCGCAUGAUGCAGAGGUGGUCUCAGACAGAGGACAUUUUCAGCACCAACAGUGACCUGCCCAUCUACAACAAUGCUUCCACAGGCCAUCACCAUGAGGAUGGGACUCGGGGCAACUCUGAGGAUUCUGUUGUGAACGGUAAGCAGGUUAUCCAGUCAAAGCCACCGAUGGGGCCUCACACGACUCUAUCAACCCAUCUGUGGCCCCCUAGACCCUUCACACCCCCUGACUCAGAGGAGCUUCUGUCCAGCUCCCCUCCAGAGACUCACUCCUCUCCUCAGAGCCAUGGCAAAGAAGACCCCCAGCAGGCCUUCGUCAUCGAGUUCUUUGAUGACAAUCCACGCAAGAAGCGUUCACAGACCUUCACCAGCAACACAGUCCAGCCCGACAGCCCGGCACUUAGGAACAAGCUGGAGAAGAAGUUGGGCCCCAGCACCCCCACCCAGCAGUAUACCAUACCCCUGAAGGGCCCGGGCUCUGGAGGCCCCCAGAGGGCUGGCUCCCUGAGGCGGGAGAAGAUGGAGGAUCGGAUCAAUACUAGCUUCUCUUCCCAAUCUUCCUCCAUACAGCCCAGGCCCUUUAGAAGUGUGGGCCGCAGGUCCAAACUGGCCCAGGACUUCACUGCUGAGUUCCUGAGGGAGUCCAAACAGGAGACUAGACCGAGCAUGAACACAACCUGGGAGAGGAAGACUUCACCUGUGUCUCCUACCAUCAGCCCACCACCAACAGAAAUGGCAGCAGUGCCCAACUCCCACCAUACCCCACCAAGCCCCCCUCAGCCCCCUGUCCCAAAUCUGACUCAGACCUCCACCGUCAACCAGCCUGUGCCCCUGAAAGCCCCUCUACUAUCCCUGGUCAACCAUACCCUGGAGGCCGCACGUACCCUGGAGGCCGCACGUACCCUGGAGGCCGCACGUACCCUGGAGGCCGCACGUACCCUGGAGGCCACACGUACCCUGGAGGCCGCACGGAGCCUGGAGGUUGGAACCCCCAGAAGCUUGGGGAAUGAGGAGGAUGAUGCCUUGAGUGAAGCAGGCACCUACACCAUCGAGACAGAGGUCCAGGAUGAAGAGGUGGUGGAGGCACGCAGCAAGAUAGACCAGGUGUUUGGGGUUGUUGACGGGCCAGAGCAGCCCAGCCACACUGCAGCAGCAGCAUAUAAGCCUGUUAAGGCUCAGGACAGGGAGGAGCGUAGGGAGAGUAGCUCUGUGGAUCUAAGGCCAGCUCCAGGGCAGGGACAGAAUCAGCUGCAGGGGUCUGGUGGCUCUAAGUGGGUGUCUCGCUGGGCCAGCCUGGCAGACAGCUACACAGACUCUGGCCCCGCCUCAGGCCUCUUCGACAUCCCCUCACAGAUUGAGCUGUCAGGAGGAGUUGGUGGGAGGACCGGCUAUCAGGCGAUGCUCAGUCGCAACGUCAAAAGUGUGGAAUCAGAAGGCCAGAGUUCCAGAACACGGCGGAUUCUGCCUCAGGCACCGUUGGUGGAGAAGAAUGAGUCUCCAACUCCCAGCAUUCUAGUCCAUCAGGACACUUACUCUACCUAUGAUGUCAGAGAGAAGAGCUCCAGAGCCCUCUGUCCACAGGAGGGACUCCACAACCUGUCUGUACAGGACGACCUAGACCCAGACAGCCUGAGUGAUGUCAGUAAGUCAGACGACGGCUCCAUCGUAGAACAGAGGACGACGCCCACACCAGAUAUGACAGACAAGAGUUCAUCUCAGAGCAGAGAAGAGGAGAGGCCCAGACUCCCACCCAAGUCUACAUCAUUCUACAUCGACUCUGAGAAGCGGGGAUCCAGACCCAAUACGCCCAGGACUGAGAGAAAACUACCACCUCCUCCUAAUACACCACAGCUCUCCACAGCCACCCUGACCAAACAACGGGGUGGACAGGACUCACAGAAGACUGUGAAGCCCAACUCGUCAGCUCCCAAGCUGGACUACCAGGGUAGAGUCAGCCCUCAGCCCAAGGAGAUCUCAGUGUGUCUGGUCAGGCAGGAGAGCUUCACUAAGGACCAGCCAAGUGAUGCUGCACAGGUCACCAGACUCCCCCACAUCUCCAGCCAGCCUGCUCUGAAUGACCCAGACCCUGCUGAGGUGUUCCAGGCUAUCUGCAGCCAGGACACCCACUCCUACCUCAAGGAGACUGAGGACGCUCUGGCUGCCCUGGAGGCCAAGCUCCAGGCCCAGACUGAUGUAGUUCCUUGUCCCAUAGAUGACACUCUGUCUGGGGAGUCUGACAUGGACUCAGCUAGCACUGCCAGCCAGCGCAGCAACCAGACUGCCCCCAAGACCAGAUCUAAGAAGCCCUCUAUCACCUGUGGCCUUCAGAGGGAGAGGUCCUCUGCCAGCUCCUUCACCCAGGAGCCCAGUCGCCUGCCGUCAGCCCAUAAUCGCCUGUCAGAAAAGCAGCGGUCUCAGGGAGAAGAUAGCAGAGAUAGUAAGCCUGAACCAGGCAGGAGACUGGGGAUGAGACGCAGUGUGGGCAAACACGGCUCCAUGGACCUUAGCGAUGACCCCCAGAGCUCCAGCUUACCCUACUGGCCUGAUACCAUUUCCUCAGACCAGGAAGGCUACCGGCCCACUGCACGCAAGAAGUACACCGCCCCCCUGCAGAAGGAGGAGUCUUCUAAGUCCUCCAAAGUGUCCCAGGCCCUGAGCCGCUCCAACAGCAUGUAUGCCCCAAGGCCUACUAGAGCCUCCAUGCUUCGUCGGGCUCGCCUGGGCGAGGCGUCCGACAACGAGGGCACAGAGACGGACAGGAUCUCCCAGGAGGCUAGUGGGACCACCAAGGCCUCCCAGGACAGUAAGAAGCAGCUCUCCAGGCUGGACAUGCUGGCUCUGCCCCGGAAGAGGACCAGCUCCUUCCACACUCCCAGUGAUACAGAGUCCUCCGCACCCAGGACCGGCUUCUCCAACCGCAGCACAGAGUCCAACAGCGGCUCUGGGCGCAAGGCCUCUGUCGCCGGACCCAGCUCUAAGCCUGUGCUAGGCAGGGCCUCUGGAGCUCCCUGCAAGCCCAUCACCCGCGGCCGCUCCAGCAGUGCCAAAUACACCAGCAGCACAGCCAGCUCCAGACAACGGCAGAAAGGCUCUGACUACACCUCCACCUCGGAGGAGGAGUAUGACUCUGGUAACCAGAUCACCCCUAAACACAAACGCUCCCAGACCCCCUCAGCCUCCCGCUCCCAGCCCCUCAUCCCCCCGCGCCCCAAACCCCGCUCAAGAGACUCGGACCAGGAGAGUCACGAGGGAGACGCCUACCAGAACUGGUCCUCCCACAGUGCUGAGAUAGCAAAACUGAGUCAGGACCUGGCUAAAGAUCUGGCCAUCCUGGCCAGGGAGAUCCAUGACGUGGCUGGUGAUACUGAUCCUCAGAGCUCUUCUGGAGUGGAGGCCAACACACCUGCCUCUACCAUGACCACCCAGGAUGAGUUGGUCCAUCCUAUUCCUGAGGCUGGUGUGAACUACCAGAGAGCUCCCCCUGAUUCACCUGCUGCUGGGGACCCCGACCAAACCAUGAUGAAUGAGCAGGAACACAACUCUAAGCACAGAGGAUGGGAAGAGGUUGUUGUUGAUGACCUUAUGCUGAAUCCAGUGUCCCAGAUCUCUCUGGCUAUUCGAGAAAACACAGAGCAACUAGCUGAGAAAAUAAAGGUACUAUUCCACAACAAACAGGACAUUUGGGAGGAGAUUGAAGCAAAGAUCAAUGCUGAAAAUGACAUCCCUGUCCUGAAAGGCUCUAACAAGGAAAUCACAUCUAUUCUCAAAGAGCUCAGAAGAGUUCAGAGACAACUUGAAGUCAUCAACACCAUCAUUGAACCCAGUGGGAACCUUGAGCCAGCCAAAACCUCCACUCCUAUCUCACCCUCCUCAGCCAGCGUAAGGCCAUCCAGGGCCCCUUCGAGAGACUGGAGAUCAUUAGGUUCCCAGCGGGGUGAGGGUGGGGUCUCCUCUUCCAGCUCCAGGUCCAGUGAGAGUGUCAGGAGAUCAGCUAUGGCCUCAGAGGCAGAGAGCUAUGUGGUCUGAGGUUCUGGAAAACAGUGCCUCCUCUUCACUGCUGCGCCACAAUCCCAGGUGUUGAGAGAGUGGAUUUGAGAGGGGGAAAUGGGCACUGCAAGAGAGAACUGUGGCCCCACUGCACGAAGACACUACUGCACUGUGUGUACACUACUAGAGAACUGAAAUGCGUAUUUAACUGCCAUGGUGUGAGAAGGGGAUUGUACAUGACACACUAAAGCCAUGCAUUGGUUAGUUCAGCUGAGAGAAAACCCCUUUAAGGCAAGGCCAUUAUUGUGCCAUAUACAGUGCAUUCGGAAAGUAUUCAGGCCCCUUGACUUUUUCCACAUUUUGUUACGUUACAGCCUUAUUCUAAAAUGUAUUACAUAGUUUUUCCUCCUCAUAAAUCUACACACAAUACCUCAUAAUAACAAAGCAAAAACAGGUUUUUAGACAUUUCUGCAAAUGUGUUAAAAAUUAAGAACUGAAAUAUAAUAUUUACAUAAGUAUUCAGACCCUUUACUCAGUACUUUGUUGAAGCACCUUUGGCAGCGAUUACAGCCUAGAGUUUUCUUGGGUAUGACGCUACCAUCUUGGCACAAUUGUAUUGUUCAUCAUUCCCUCAAUCUGGACUAGUCUCCCAGUCCCUGCUGCUGACGAACAUCCCCACAGCAUGAUUCUGCCACCACCAUGAUUCACCGUAGGGAUGGUGCCAGGCUUCCUCCAGACGUGACGCUUUGCAUUCAGGCCAAAGAGUUCAAUCUUGGUUUCAUCAGACCAGAGAAUCUUGUUUCUCAUGGCCUGAGAUUCUUUAGGUGCCUUUUCGCAAACUCCAAGCAGGCUUCAUGGGCCUUUUACUGAGAAGUGGCUUCUGUCUGGCCACUACCAUAAAGGUCUGAUUGGUGGAGUGCUGCAGAGAUGGUUGUCCUUCUGGAAGGUUCUCCCAUCUCCACAGAGGAACUCUGGAGCUCUGUCAGAGUGAUCAUCGGGUUCUUGGUCACCUCCCUGACCAAGGCCCUUUUCCCCCGAUUGCUCAGUUUGGCCGGGCGGCUUAGUGGUUCCAAACUUCUUCCAUUUAAGAUUGAUGGAGGCCACUGUGUUCUUGGGAACCUUCAAUGCUGCAGAAAUGAUUCGGUACCCAUACCCAGAUCUGUGCCUUGACACAAUCCUGUCUCUGAGCUCUACGGACAAUUCCUUCGACCUCAUGGCUUGGUUUUUUGCUCAGAAAUGCACUGUCAACUGUGGGACCUUAUAUAGACAGGUGUGUACCUUUCCAAAUCAUGUCCAAUCAAUUGAAUUUACCACAGGUGGACUCCAAUCAAUUUGUAGAAACAUCUCAAGGAUGAUCAAUGGAAACAUGAUGCACCUGAGCUCAAUUUUGAGUCUCAUAGCAAAGGGUCUGAAUACUUAUGUACGUAAGGUAUUUCUGUUUAUUUUUUUAUACAUUUGCACAAAAGUCUAAAAAACAGUUUUCGCUUAGUCAUUAUGGGGUAUUGUGUGUAGAUUGAUGAGGAGAAAAAAGAUAAUUUAAUACAUUUUAGAAUAAGGCUGUAACGCAACAAUGUGGAAAAAGUCAAGGGGUCUGAAUACUUAUCUCAGUUAAUCUCACUUUCACAAAAGCAUACUUGAUUAUAUGCAUUUUAUUGACCUGUUUCGGUGAUUUUGAUUAAUUGGGAAAAUGUUGCUGCAAUGAACUUAGAGCACAGUAUAUUUCAAAUCCGCUUGAGUAUGUUUUAUUUAAUUAAGUAUCUCUUACUAAUGCAAUUAAAUACGAUGAAAAUGAAAGAAUAUUUUGACUUUGAUUUGAUGAAAUGUAUGAAUAAGUAGAAAGGUGUUCUCCAGGAUCCCUUGAUAAACCAGUGACUGGGUUUAUCAAAGACUUCCCCACUGUUUUCUUUUUCUAUUGACCACUUUUUACCUCUAUGGACCAGACUUGAAGAAUGUAUAUCAAGUAUUUAAUUGUCAUGAUUUAUAUAGUAUUAACAAGUUUAUAAGUUGACACUUGCUUUGAGCUAAGAAAAUAAUGUUAUUUGUCUAGUCUUUUAAAAGAGACUGAAGCAUUUUAGAGAUUAAAUGUAAGAAUGGGUCUAGGAGUCACUGUUUCACAAGGUAUCUCACGUUGCCAGUAGAAACAUGUCAUGAUCAGAUGUGUUUUGUGCCUUUUAAUUCUUUAGAGUCAAAAAUAGCAAUUAGGUCUGCCUCAUGUCUGACAUUAGAAGUUUCCUUGUUCUCAGAACUGAACAUCUGUGUGGAAUGUACUGUAUGGUUGGGUGGGCAGGGCAGUGGGGCUUAGUGGUGCGGUAGAACAUCUAGGUUUAAUCACCUGACAACAGCCAACUGUCUGGAGUGAGUAGUUGCAUAGCUCAGCCCAGAGAUUUUAAGCUUUAACACCGAAUAAAACACAGGACUCAUUCAGGACUUCUACCAGCUAGCGCCAUUUGGAAAGUGUUUGUUAGUAUUGCCGAUAGGUUUGAUUGUCAACCUGUCAGUUGAUUGCACAGCUGUCAAUACUGUGGUCAGCGAUAUCGCAGUGCUGUCUACUUUCUGUUCCCUUCUUGAUUCCCCUUUUUCGCGGUUUAAAUUGUGAUCCGUGGCUUCAAUUUUACCGUUGAAGUUUACUGUUGAAACGUCUAGUAAAAGUUUUUGUGUGUGUCCUUUCAAACUAUAUAAACUAGUGACCCGCAGUGUUUGGCAUUAUACCCUGAUGAAGACUGCUUGGCUGUCGAAACAUUGGUUCUAAUAUUUUUGCAUCGGAGCUCCUAGAGUGUGCGGCUCUCCUUUAUAUUUUUAUAGUAAAAGUGAACACUUUACGGACUCAAAUGACCUCUGACAGUUUUGCUUUCUGGAGAUAUUUCCUCCAGUUUUAUUGCUGUACACUCCUUCAUUAAGCACACCACACUACCUGGUCUCCUGUGUUGUUGAUGCCAGUUUAUUAGGCCUAUUAAGUGCAGUGUCAAAAGCAAGAUGCACAUGCUGUUCAUUGUUUUGUUAUAAUCUAAUUAUAAUUGUGAGUAACAAUUAGCAGAAAUUCUGUGCAAUUAUAAAUUAAAUAAACAUGUCUUAUGAUAUGUGUAUGUAUCUAAAAGUUUGAUCUGGAGAUGACCUCCAUCUAGUAUUUUGCACUAUUGUAAUACCAUCAGGACCCUUCAACCUUAUAUGCUGAGAAGCUACACUUUAAGCCCUCUUUUUUACUAAUGGGGUUGCGUUCAUUCUUUUAAAGAUUGUAUAAAUGCUCUCCUGUCCAGAAUGAAAGGAGGCUGAAAGUUCAAUGAAAUUAAAGGACUGCAGUCCACAAGUGCUUUCCUCUUUUCUAACCAGUUUGUGUAGUUGUACAUGAAGUAGUAACUGCAAUUUCCCUCAGUGCCACAAAGCCUUUUGGGAUAUAUUGUUUCAUACCACAAAGUACAGUACUUGUUUACACCCAUGAGCUCAGUUAGAUCUGUCUCUUUGAGCUUUUGAUUGCUAUGGCUCUGUGCUAUCCCUUGCAGUUCUUCGUCAAAAGCGCCAGUCAAAUUAGAAAUAUCUUGGUGUAAGUCAUGAGUCCCAUUUUGUUAAACCUGUUCGUGUCCCUUCAAAGUCGUCACCAUAGUUUGGUUUUCUGGUUGUUUGGCUCUUGCACCCUAAACAAAAAAGUUUCCACUUUUAUUUUUUAUUGAUGUUUUCCAGAAUUCAUCUAUUGAAAAAGUUAUUAUUUUGUUCAUAAUUUAGAAAAUGGGAUUCCAUUUUUUGUAAUAAACUGAUUUGUAAUCAA